UCUUUUGAAUGAACCUAAUGUAAAUGCAUUUCUAACACAAAAAAAAGAAAUAAAAAGAAAUAAAUUUAGUUUUUCAAAUUCUUAAUGUUCAGUAAUUACUACUUAUUAAAAAAGAGUGCUAAAUCACACAUAUUUUAAAUAAACUUAAAUAAGGUCGAAAAAUUGAAGAAUGGACGAUCUUCGAGACGAAAAUCAAUUUAUAGUAGAUGAUGUCAGCAAAAUAAUUAAGGAGGCAAUAGAAAGCACUAUUGGAGGUAACGCUUAUCAACAUGAUAAAGUCAAUAAUUGGACUGGACAAGUGGUAGAAGCUUGCCUAAGUGUAUUGACCAAACAACAAAAGCCGUAUAAAUAUAUUGUGACUGCAAUGAUAAUGCAGAAAAAUGGAGCCGGUUUGCAUACAGCCAGUUCUUGUUUUUGGAAUAAUGAAACUGAUGGUUCUUGUACUGUUCGUUGGGAAAAUAAAACCAUGUAUUGUAUUGUGUCGGUCUUCGGUUUGGCAUGUUAGUUUAUACAUAUUUCUUAGUAACUACAUAUAUUAUUACAAAUGUUAAAAAAGCACAAAAAUGCUCAAGAAAUUACUAUGUUUUGAAAACUUGACAAUUUCCUUGACAAUUUUUUUCUAUUUUCAAUUAUGUACACUUAUUACUCGUUUUAAUAUUUUUGAGAUUUUUCGUGCUGGUAGAAAUUUCAAGAGCAUUUACUUAGGCAGUAAUUUAACAUAAUAAAGGCCUUUAAAUUUUAGUGAGUAUUAGGUAUUCACGAAAUUGUACUACUAAUUGAUUCAAAUAAAAAAUAUAAAAAAAAAUGGUUCGCU